CCCACCAACCAACCAACCAACAGUGAGCGCCAAAAGUCGGAGCACUACGCUUUAAGGUUGAAGCACUCCAUCUUACCAGACUCUGGGCAAACGUGUUUCAAUAUUUGUCACUCGUUUUUCGGUGAUAAUGAGAAAGGCAAAAUAAAACCCGGCAAUGACGAUGGAAUACUCUAGGCGACCGUAAAACAAUCAAACACCUGGCGGCGGCUCUUGAAUGUUUUACAAUCUAUAUACAAUUUAUACAAUAUCGCGAACACACGUUUCCUUAAUCGCGGGCCCUCGAAAACUCUUUUCGGUUUAAGAAACCACGAACUGCCGAAAUCGAAUCAAGAACAGAGAGCAAUCCACCCAGCAAUUGAACGACACCACCGAUCACGGCAAUCGCUGCCACAGCACAACCGCCCAGAAUUUACACCUGCCCGCAAGGACACAGCACGCAGAGCGACCUUUGACCCCCACCAGCAGCACCCAUUGGAUGGAUCUAAAGCACAGCGCCAGCGGUGCCGUCGAAAGUACCGAGACCUAUAUAGUCACCAGCAAAUCCACAGACAUGAUCACGCCCAAGGACAAGGAGGGCAAGGCGGCCAAAGCCACAGCAGCCAAUGCCCCAGCAGAAGGCUACAAAGUCUACGCCCGUCGCUGGGCUGUGCUGAUUCUCUUUGUGUUCUAUUCAUCCUCGAAUGCCAUGCAGUGGAUACAAUACACCAUCAUCAACAACAUAAUAACACGCUACUACGGCAUCAGCGAUAAAUGGGUGGACUGGACGUCCAUGAUUUAUAUGAUCCUGUACAUACCGCUUAUAUUCCCUGGCAGUUGGUUUUUGGACAAAGUGGGCCUUCGUAUAACCGCCCUGGUUGGCAUCGUGGGCACCUGUGUGGGCGCCUGGAUCAAGGUCUUCUCGGUGGAUCCAUCUCUCUUUUAUGUGGGCUUCAUUGGGCAGGCGAUCGUGGCCCUGGCCCAGGUCUGCAUCCUGUCACUGCCGGCCCGUCUGGCGGCCGUGUGGUUCGGCCCCGACCAGGUGUCGUCGGCCACCAGCGUGGGAGUGUUUGGCAAUCAGCUGGGCGUGGCCGUUGGCUUUGUGCUGCCACCCAUGCUGGUGCCAAAUUCCCCGGAUCUGGAGACUGUGGGCCGUGAUCUGCAGAUGAUGUUCUAUUUGGUGGCCGGACUCACCACCAUCCUGCUCGUACUGAUGGUGAUAUUUUUCCAGGACAGACCGCCCACGCCUCCAUCCGCCGCCCAGGAGGAGGCCCAGCGCUUGGAGAACUCGGAAGCCGAGCAAGUCAGCUUCAUGCAAUCGCUGAAGAACCUGAUGACCAACCGGAACUUCAUCUUCCUGCUCCUGUCCUACGGCAUCAAUGUGGGCGUCUUCUACGCCAUUUCCACGCUCCUGAAUCCGGUGGUCCUGAAGUAUUAUCCCGGUCAUGAGGUGGACGCCGGACGUAUCGGGCUCAGCAUUGUGCUGGCCGGAAUGCUGGGCUCCGUGGUCUCUGGCAUUGUGCUGGAUAAGACGCAUAAAUUCAAGGAGACGACGCUGGCGGUCUAUGCUCUUUCCAUGGUGGGCAUGUGGAUCUUCACCUUCACCCUGGACACGGGUCACAUUGCGGUGGUCUAUUUGACAGCUUCGCUGCUGGGCUUCUUUAUGACUGGUUACCUGCCCGUGGGCUUUGAGUUCGGAGCCGAGCUCACGUUCCCGGAGCCCGAGGGAACAUCUUCCGGACUGCUGAACGCUUCCGCCCAGACCUUCGGCAUCUGCUUCACCCUGUUCUACUCGGAGCUCUUCACCACGUUCGGUGAUAUUGCCGCCAACAUAACCAUGGCUGUGAUGCUAAUUGUGGGCACUAUCAUAACGGCCACCACUCAGUCGGAUCUGCGGCGUCAGAAUGCCCAGGUGACCUCGCCCGCCGCCGGUGUGGCAGCAAAUCCGUAAGGAACUCGCCCCUGAAACACUAAUUCAGCCACCAGGACAGGGGAGUGAUAGCUGGUGGCUGUGUUUUAUGUAUAGUAUUCUACGCAUAUCGUUUUACUGUUUAAUUUAUUUCAUUGUUUACUGUACAUUCCGUUGUAGCCUUAAGUGUUGAAUUUUAAAAUGUUCAUUAAAGGUGCUUAGCAACACACACAAAACACACACACACCUACACAAA